GCGGCCCCGGAAGUGUUUGUUAACGGUUAAAAGCCAGUUGACGCUGCUAGCAAACGUUAGCUGUCAGCCGGGUUCAGUCAUUGUGCAGGGAUGGAGGUGACACGCAGGAAUUUUAAAGACUGUCUGAAUGCGGUGUACAGCGCUAUAAAUGAAGCUGACUUCCUUGCCAUCGAUGGGGAGUUUUCAGGGAUAAGCGACGGCCCCAAUGUCAGUGCACUUACAAAUGGGCUGGACACACCGGAGGAGAGAUACACAAAGCUCAAAAAGCACUCCAUGGACUUUCUGCUUUUCCAGUUUGGAUUAUGCACAUUCAAGUACGACCAGGCAAAGUCAAAGUAUAUCACAAAGCCUUUUAAUUUUUAUAUAUUCCCGAAACCAUUCAACAGGACGUCCCCAGACAUAAAGUUCAUCUGUCAAAGUUCCAGUAUUGACUUUCUGGCCAGUCAGGGAUUUGACUUCAACAAGGUGUUCUGUGAUGGAAUCCCCUACCUUAAUCAAGAGGAGGAAGCCCAGCUGAGGGAGCAGACAGAAGAGAGGAGAAACCAACACGCUAAUGGUGUUGGUACACCCUCCUACAUCUCUCCAUCAUCCUCUAAAUGCCCCGCAAACGUACCUGAAGAACAGAAAGACUUCAUCAACAAAGUCAUAGAGAAGGUUGAAGCCCUCUUCACAAACUCAGAAAAGACCUUGGAUUUGGAGCCGUGCACAGGGUUUCAGAGAAAGCUGAUCUACCAGGCCCUGAACUGGAAAUUUCCCAAGGGGCUUCAUGUGGAAACGAUGGAAACAGAAAAGAAGGAGCGAUUCAUUCAGGUCAGCAAAGUAGAUGAAGAGGAGAGGAAGAGGAGGGAACAGCAGAAACUGGAGAGGGAGCAGGAGGAGCUAAAUGAUGCUGUUGGCUUCUCCAAGGUCAUCCAUGCCAUCUCCAAAUCUGCUAAACUUGUGGUUGGCCAUAACAUGCUGUUGGAUGUGAUGCACACCAUCCACCAGUUCUACUGCCCUCUGCCUGAGGAUCUUCAAGACUUUAAAGAGGUCACAAUGUGUGUGUUUCCAAGACUUCUGGACACAAAAUUGAUGGCCUCUACUCAGCCUUUCAAGGAGCUUAUAAAUAACACAUCUCUGGCAGAGUUGGAGAAGCAGCUCAAGGAGAGCCCCUUCAAGUCACCACAAGUUGAAACGGCAGAGGGUUUCAAGAGUUAUGACACAGCCCAGGAACAGCUUCACGAGGCCGGGUACGAUGCCUACAUCACUGGGCUCUGCUUCAUCUCUAUGGCCAACUACCUUGGCUCUUUCUUGACUCCACCCAAAGCUUACAUCUCAGCUCGCUCAAAACUAAUUGAGCCUUUCUUUAAUAAGCUUUUCCUGAUGAGGAUUAUUGAUAUUCCUUACCUCAACAUCACAGGACCAGAUUUGCAACCUAAGAGAGAUCAUGUUCUUUAUGUCACCUUCCCAAAAGAAUGGAAGACAAGUGACCUCUACCAGCUCUUCAGUGCCUUUGGAAACAUCCAGGUCUCAUGGAUUGACGACACAUCAGCAUUUGUGUCUCUAAGUCAGACCGACCAGGUACAGAUAGCUAUGAACACCAGCCGCUAUGCAGAGAGUUACAGGAUCCAGACGUAUGCAGAGUACAUGCAGAGUAAACAGCAGGACAAAGAGAAGCUCAGUCAGACACCCAAAACAUGGGGAGAGGACAGCUGGGUGAAGUCUCACUACACUCCCUCCUCUACUUCCUCAGGUUUUGGAUAUACCAGAGGUUUGAGGAAACGCAGCAUCAGUCCUGUUCAGGGAGAGCAGGGAGCUGAAGACGCGCUAAUUACAGACGGCUGGAGUCACUACUCAUACCCGGAUAACACAGGCAGCAAGAAGAUGAAAACUGAUGCCUUCAGUGAACAGGCGAAUACUGAAGCUGUUGAAAGCAAAACCUCAGCAGGAUGGCUGAAGACAGCAGAUUCUUCAGAUGCUGCAGGGUUAAGUCCGGUCCCUGAUGAGGAGGGGGCUCCUCAGGUCACGGGUGAUACUGAUGGGACGAUCACCUGGCAACAAACCCCAUCAGCAGUCCACAAAAGGAAAGGUGAUAAGAAGAAGGACAAACAGACUGAAGCAGCAGAAUCUACAACAUCUCUGUUUGAAGUCCCAGAAGUUUGGUAGCAAAAGUCAAAGCAUGGAGAGGCCGCUGUCCCUCACUCAGCUGCUGCUCUGAGUCUCUUCUGAAGCACUUCCGGCACUCUCCUGUAAGGUUGUUCAUCACUGGGAGUGGUGCACACCCUGAUUCAUUCAUGCACUCAGCAGCUGUGGACACAUAAGCUACCAGCCAAGCUGUUUGACUGGACUGUUGAGAGAACACAAGCCAUAAUGACAGCUGCCAUAGUUUCUUUUUGUUACAGAGGAGCAGGCAACUCCACUGGGUGAAAACACAGACAUGCAUACGCUCACCAAUCUUAAAAUCCAAAUCCACAAAUGGUCAUUGAUUCAUGGAUGUUUCCGACUGGCAUCUGCCACCACAGCCAUGCUGUCACGUAGAGUUUUAACAACAGUCACCUCCAUCAGUCUUAUAUAUUGUGUGUGUGGGUCGUGUGUGAGUUUGUGCAUGUGAGAGAGAUGUAAUUUUUUCUCAAGGCUUUGUAUCCCUGUAAAUCCUUUUCAUGAAAAUUAAGAUAUAAAACACCACCGACAGGUCCUGUAGUUUACAUUAUCUGGGUAAUUUAGUAUUUUAAUGCAGUCAAAUAUUUUUUUAAAAAAGUUUCUGUCAACUUCCCCAGUUUUAUCCAACGUGUAUAAGCUUCUCAACGACAAUGUGACAUUUAUUAUCAGUGGCAUUUUGGUCCUUCAUGAGAGGUGCUUGUUGUUUUUUGUACAGAAUUGGUUUCUUUACCUUUUUGUGUUUAAUGUUUUGUAACCGUGUCAACCUGCAACAAAGUCUAAGUAUGCUCUAAUGCAAAAUGUGUACAACGUUAAAAAGACGAAUACAUUUUUGUAUAAGAUGACAUUUAAAAUCCUUAAAUAUUUCCUGGAAAGGGAAAAAAUUAAAGAAUGUUUCUUAGUA